AUGGCAGAGGUCAUCAUGGCAGAUGUCACCAUGGCAGAAUCUCUUGACCAAGAGUCGCAGCGAGUGGUGCAUAAGGCAUUCCCAGGCGAGAUUCACAACCACAUCGCUGGUCUGCUCGGCCCCGUCGACCUGAUCUCCCUCAGCCAGGCCAAUCGAUACUUCCGGCAGCUCAUCAACCCCGGACAGAAGGAGUUUGCAGAGCGCCUCUUCGUCAUAGAAUGCGAUGAGAAGCACGGAGGUGGCACGUCCUUGUACCAGAAAACCCCCUUUAUUCAGAUACAUCGCCACGAAACGCUCGAACCGUUCGAGGCCAACCGUUGGGCCUGCCCGGGCUGUCUCCAGCUGCUCCCUCACUACCGCUUCGACAACCGGUCCAUAUACUGGCUGGCAACCCGAAAGCCAAUGCCCGGAACGCCCGCCGCUGAUGUCGCCAGCUCCUGGGUCCCGACCCAGCACAGGGAAGACUCGGCAGAGGAGGACAAGCGCAUCAGGAAAGAAAUAUGGACGUACUACACGAAGAGUCAACCGAUCGCAGACAGUGAAGACGACCGCUUCCGCGCAGACGAACGCUGCGGAUACGCCCGCCAUAAACGCCGAUGCAUCGAAUGCCAAUACCAGCUCGGGAUUAUUGGAGGCUCAGCUCGCGGUCAGCUUUCCACCAUUCCGCGAUCACUUGAAGAGGGUGCUGCGGGUAAAAUAAAGGUAACCUGUACCCUCACAAGCCGCGGGGUCAUGCUGCCCUCGGGCUUCGUUCGAUUCUGGCCCAAGCUCGACGAGAUGAUCCAAAACAAGGCUCCGACCAUCACGCCCCUCGGACCGAGAAGCAUCCCCUGGCGCAGGGAGGGCAAGCUCUGGGACAUGUACAUGAUCCGCUGCACCGGCUGCGAAGAAUGGAAGGAGCUGCGAGCAUUCCGUAUCGAAGGCUCGCGUCUGGGCUGGACCCCCCCAUGCGUCACCAUGGGAAUCCCGCAGUGGCUCCCACGCGGCGUGGCCACCGACGACGUGCCCAAGCUGGAGAACCGCUCGCUGGAAGAGCUUCGGUGCAACCACUGCUUUGCCCGGGAGCACGGCGCCAUGAAACUGGGCGAGAUUCUCGCCAUCCGGUUCGAUAUGAACAUCAAGCCGCACCUGUCCGAGCUCGAGUACCGGCUGCACUCCCACUACAAGGCGGUCAAGUACCUCGCUGCCGAGGGCGCCGCGGCAGAGAGGCACCGUCCGAAGAAGGAAGAUCCCUCGGGGGACUUUGACGAACUGGUGCGGUUGGUGCGGCAGGCAGAGGAGAACAACAAGGAGCUGAGCAACCGCCUAUGGAAGCUCAACCAAGCUGACGUUGACAGACUACGAACUGAAGCUAAAGAGUUCAAGGACAUUUGGCUCAGAAUGCGGGCAUCUCAGCCGCGCCUCGCAUCGAAGCUUGGUAGAGACAGAGCCUUUGUCUCAUGGGUCAACGACUUUGACAAUUCAGAGAUCGAAUGGAAGUGGCUCAAGGAGUGUCAGGUCAAGAUCAUGGAGAACCCAGAUUUGCUGCUGCAGUAUGCGCUGAACGUUGAUGCCCCGGGUUGUUGCUAUCCGUCUGCUGGGUAG